AUGUCUGAAGACACAUCAAAUGAUGUUGCGACUCCGGUCACUCCCAAGAUGAGUGGACUGGCCUUGACUGAAUAUACCGCCGCUCCGACACCCCCCAACGAACGCUCGCAGAGAGUUCCUGGCGUGCCUCCCAACUGGGGCAUCCCUGAGGCUUUCCUGCUGCCCAAUGGCUACCCGGAUUAUCUCCGGUUGAUUUUGACGUCACGAGUUUACGAUGUUAUUGAGGAGACGCCUCUCACUCAUGCAGUCAACAUGAGCAACAGGCUGGAAAGCCGAAUUCUUCUCAAGCGGGAGGAUCUGCUCCCCGUGUUCAGCUUCAAGCUCCGCGGCGCAUACAACAAGAUGGCUCAUUUGAACGAUGAGCAGCGGUGGAAGGGUGUUAUUGCUUGCUCUGCAGGAAACCACGCGCAGGGUGUUGCUUUUUCUGCCCGCAAGCUGAGAAUCCCUGCUACUAUUGUCAUGCCCUCCGGUACCCCCGCUAUCAAACAUUUGAACGUUGCCCGCAUGGGAGGAAGCGUCCUUCUCCACGGAAACGAUUUCGAUGCCGCCAAGGACGAGGCCCACCGGUUGGAGAAGCAGCAUGGUCUGACUAACAUUCCGCCGUUCGACGACCCCUAUGUCAUUGCCGGUCAAGGUACUAUCGGUAUGGAGCUUCUGCGCCAAGCGAACCUGGAUAAGCUGGAAGCUGUCUUCUGUGCUGUCGGUGGGGGUGGUCUCAUUGCUGGCAUUGGUGUCUAUCUCAAGCGCAUUGCUCCCCAGGUUAAGAUCAUCGGUGUUGAGGCUCACGAUGCCAACGCCAUGGCCCAGUCUCUGGACUCUGGCAACCGCAUCUUCCUCAAGGAGGUCGGCCUCUUUGCGGAUGGUGCUGCUGUCAAGUCUGUUGGCGAAGAGACCUGGCGUCUCAGCCGCGAGGUCAUCGACGAUGUCAUCCAGGUGACUACCGAUGAGACUUGCGCAGCCAUCAAGGACGCUUUCGAGGAUACUCGCUCUAUCGUCGAGCCUGCCGGUGCUCUUGCCCUCGCGGGUCUUAAGAAAUAUAUUGCCAAGAACCCCAGCCCUGACCCCAACCGCGAGCUGAUUGCCAUUACAUCCGGUGCCAACAUGGACUUUGACCGUCUGCGCUUUGUUGCUGAGCGUGCUGCCCUUGGUGAGAAGAAGGAGGCUCUUCUAAGCGUCAAGAUUCCCGAGCAGCCUGGCGCAUUCGCCAAGCUUGUUGAGGUUGUUCUGCCCCACGCCGUGACGGCCUUCAACUACCGCUAUGCCCGUGAAGACUCCGCCGAUGUGCUGAUGGGUAUUUCUCUCUCUGCCUCCACUGGUCGUGACGACCUGGCCAAGAUCAUGGAGGAGCUGGAGCGGAAUGACAUGAGCUGCUGCGACCUGAGCGACGAUGAGCUUGCCAAGCGUCACCUGCGCUUCCUUGUCGGCGGCCGCUCUGAAGUUGCCGAUGAGCGCCUCUUCAUGUUCGAGUUCCCCGAGCGCCCAGGUGCUCUGGCCAAGUUCCUCCGUACCCUCCGCCCUAACCAAAAUAUCUCUCUGUUCCACUACCGCAACUAUGGCGGCGAUGUUGGCAAGGUUCUUGCUGGUAUCCAGUGUCCUCCUUCCGAGAAGGAUGACCUUGAGCACUUCCUCCACGAGCUGGGUUAUCCCUUUAGCGAGCAGACCGACUCCCCUACCUAUAAGACCUUCUUGCGUGCCCAAUAA